CUUAGCUUAUUUGAACCCACAUUGAAAACAAAUCGUGAUUUUUACCUGAGGAGACAAGAUGUGUGAUCUUAGCGAUGUUUAUUUUAAAACACCACAUGAAGAGAAAUGGUGUAAAUUGUUUUAAUGUAUCACCUUAACUGUACGGAUUUUAAAACAUAGAAAUUGAUUUGGAUUUUACACAGUAUUAUUUAAUCCCGCCUUCGAAAGAGAAACUAGCGAAUCGCACUGUGAAAGGGACGAGUUUGGGGGCUUAUUUUAGUUGCACGUGAAAAAACACUAGAUGAGGGAACGUGAUGGGUGAAAUACACUGUGGAAACUGUGUAGGAUUUUAAUCGGGAUUUUAAAAUUACUUAAUGUGAUUUCUAUCUUGUGUGUUUGUUUUUAUCAUGGCUAAUGUUGGAGAUAAUUUGAUGAAGGAUGAUGAGAGGCCGAUAUUGGACACGGGGGUCAUCCCCAAAACUUACAACACGAGUCCACCCCUUGCACACCAAGUUUCAGCAGGAAAACCAUGCUCAAACUGUCGGGAACUAUGUCCAGGCUUCGAACUUCAUUUCUGGAGAAAAAUUUGCAAGCAUUGUAAAUGUGCACCAGAAUCCCAUGACAUGACCAGUCACAGUGACCAUGACCGGAGCUUGACACGGCUAAAUCACGACCCCAAGAGGAACUCCACCUCCGAUGAUGACAGUGGCUGCCCCCUGGAGGAGUACGCCUGGGUACCACCAGGACUUAAACCAGAACAGGUUCACCAAUAUUUUUCCUCCCUCCCCGAGGACAAGGUGCCAUUUCUUAACAGUGUGGGUGAGAAGUACCGAGUGCGUCAGCUCCUGCAGCAGUUACCUCCCCAUGACAAUGAGGUUCGUUACUGUAACACCCUCACAGAAGAAGAGAAGAGGGAACUACGGAUGUUUAGUGUGCAGAGGAAACGUGAGGCCCUGGGGAGGGGUAGUGUGAGACCCCUACCCCUGACUAUGCAGGGGGUCAUUUGUUGCAAGUGUCAGCAAAUGAUCUCGGGUGGGUCCAUGGCAGUUUUUGCCACCAGAGCAGGGCAUGACAAAAUCUGGCAUCCAUCGUGUUUCACCUGCAUGACCUGUGACGAGCUUCUUGUGGACUUGAUUUACUUCUUCAAGGACGAGUUUCUGUACUGUGGACGACAUCAUGCUGAGUUGAUAAAGCCUCGCUGUGGAGCAUGUGAUGAGAUAAUUUUUGCUGAUGAGUGCACAGAGGCUGAAGGCAGGAGCUGGCACAUGAAGCAUUUCUGUUGUUUUGAGUGUGAUAGACAAUUAGGAGGUCAGAGAUACAUCAUGAAGGAAGGUCGGCCAUACUGCUGUGUUUGUUUCGAGAGGAUGUAUGCCGAAUACUGUGACACUUGUGGUGAACAUAUAGGAGUGGAUCAAGGACAAAUGACCCAUGAAGGUCAACACUGGCAUGCCACUGAACGUUGCUUUAAGUGUCAUACGUGUCAAAAGUCUUUGCUUGGACAGCCAUUUCUACCCAAACAUGGUGUGAUUUAUUGUUCCGCAGCCUGCAGUCGAGCUGCUUCCAUGCAAACACAAACUCCUAGGAGACCAGAGGAUUACGUUCAUGAUAUAAAUAGCAUGAGAUUAGGUUCCCCCGUAAGUCACGCAUUACAGGAACAAGGAACUAUGGGAAUGCAGGAAGCAUUACGACAACAGUAUUCAUUAUCGGACAGUCUGCCAUCAUCAGAACGUGAUCAAGGUUACGCUACGAGUAGCAACAGUGAGGUGUAUGCACCAGGCAUGUAUGACACUUCACGAUCUCAAAAUUCUCAAGGUCAGUGUAGUGCAAAUUACGAACUGAAUGUGGAUAGUCUUGUUGAUGCUCUUCCUGUUCCACAUGAAGCCAAACUCAAAAAGAGGCUCUCGCAAUUCUCCAUGCCAGAUCUUUCAAAGGAUCCUCAGUCUAGUCCCAUCGAAGAAAAUGGAAAAAUGAACUCUCAGAGCAGGAGUCGUUCUGGAUCCGAGAAAAAUUUAAAUUCUCGCUAUCAUGAAUAUGAGGAGUUACCAUGCAUGUAUGAUGUGCCAAAUAGAAGUAUGAAACGUACAAAUAAUUCACAACAAUCCCAGGAGUAUCGGUCUAUUAGACCAGUGGAUCGCAUGUUAGGAAAUCCUGAGUCUGCAAGAUCGUUCCCAGAGUUACGUUAUAAUUGUGUGAAUACUUCUCCCCAAAAUGUCCCACCACCACAACAAAAUGUACGCUUAAAUACUUCACCCCAAAAUGUAAACAAUGGUUUACCUCCAUUACCGGACAAUGUGAGAAUGAAUCCCAUCAAUAGACCACCAUCUGGAAGAGUUCCUCUGCAAGUGUCGGACUAUCCCAGAAGCCAAAGUUUUGAAGGUCGGCCUUCAGAAAGGGCACACAGUCGUCGUCAUGAAAGACGAAGAGGUGAUAGAAUAUCCAGGCGUGACCCAGGUCAAGGUCAUUGGUCUGAUUCAAACAAUUACCGUGACGAUGAUUAUUGUAGCACAUGCUCUAGUUCUAGUGACUCGGACGAUUAUUACUAUGAUGAGAGAGGUCAAGGUCUGGGUACCAGAAUAUCGUAUGUAGACGAUAUGAGUAUCUCACUAGGAGCUAAUAGUGCAAUGCGGCAGAGGAUGACCGGUCGACACAGAGUGAAACAGAAGCAAUGUGUAAUAUCCUAACCAUAACACUGUACAUACUGACCAAUCUAUGUUAUUUAUUUUUUUGUGCAACAAAUCUGGUACCAAGCUUGACAAAGUUGUUAACUGCCUCAGUGAAAACCAGUUUAAAGCUCUUGACAAUCAUUUAUUUCAUGUCAAAUCUUGUUCUGUGUUCAAAAGGCGAUCUGUAAUGUGCACCAUAUCUCUGUCUAUGGGCCUGGUACCAGUAUAGUAUUUCCACUGUUGAGAACCAGUUUAGUGCUGUAUUGUUAUAUUCCAUGUUGUGUUAUAAUUAUUGUCGAUGUUGAUCAUACUGUGUAGUUUAUAUAUAAUUGUGUGUGUAUGGAGUCUGCAAAAAAGUGAUUCUUAUCCAGUAUUUAUAUUCAACUGUCAAUCAGAGGUCAAAGGUUGUGAUUGGGUGUGGUCAUAUAAUAUAAUGACCAGUGAUACUUUUAUUUAUUCUCUUAUGUAACUUACUCAGUUCUCCCAUAGGACUUAAUGUUUAUAAUGUAGGUAUAAUUCUUUGGUUUGAAUGGCUGACACCUUAUUGUAGAUUGACAUUAUGCUAUAUGGUUAACAAAGGCCUUUCAGUUACUCUCUUUUAUAAGUUAAUAUGAUGUUGCUUUAAAAAAUUGUACUUUACAUCUGUAAAUUUAUUUGAUCGUUGAAAUUUUUAUAAUCCCUUUAGAUGGAGACAGACAACUUUUUAUAUGUUGAAAUUUUAAUCUCAGUAGGAGUUUGUUAUUUUUUUUUUAAUUUUCAAGAAGCAAUACACCAAUUAUCUUGUUGAUAUGUGAUAUUCAGUUGAAAAAUUGGCAGCCAUUUUAAAUCUGUGUUCCAUUUUUUUUAAAAACGCUUGGUGGCACACUGUGAAAUCUAACUACAAAAGUACUCUAUUCAAAACAAUCUUGAUAUUAAAACUCUUCACAGAAUAUAGAAAUUUGAAUGCAUUGCUCAAAUUUUUCUUUAAAAAAACAUAUCGUUAUUUUGGACAGCAUAAAAAAUACACAUGUAUACAACAUUGCUUGAUGUGCUUAAAAUAUAACAUUGAUGCAAACAAAAACUGAUUUUUCAGUUCCUCAUGUUGUGUAAUUAGAAUAUGUGUGCUAACAGUGUACAUGAAAAAAGAACACAUUCUUUAUUAAUAAUCUUGUUUUGCAGUAAAUGUACUGUCUCAAUUUGUGUCACCAAGUGUCAAUUCAUGCAAUGCUUUGUGCCUUUUAUAUGUUUGUUCAAGUUUAUUUACUAUCGUUUUGUACAUAUAUUAGGGCAGAGAUCGCAAAUAAACAUCUAGCAAACCUUA